GCUCUGGGCGGUGGGCUGGAGCCGCGGGGAAGCCCGGUGGGGAUGCCGGGCCGGCGACUGCGGAUCCAGAACCCCCUGUACCCGGUGACCGAGGGCUCCUACGGUGCCUACGCGGUCCUGCUGCUCGCCCUGGUGCUGUUCGCCGUGGGCGUUGUGGGCAGCCUGUCCGUCAUGUGCGUCGUCUGGCACAGCUACUACUUGAAGAGCGCCUGGAACUCCAUCCUUGCCAGCCUGGCUCUCUGGGACUUCCUGGUCCUCUUCUUCUGUCUCCCGGUCGUCAUCUUCAACGAGAUCACCAAGCAGCGGCUUCUGGGCGACGUCUCCUGCCGCGCCGUGCCCUUCCUGGAGGUCUCCUCCUUGGGUGUCACCACCUUCAGCCUCUGUGCCCUGGGCAUCGACCGCUUCCACGUAGCCACCAGCACCCUGCCCAAGGCGAGGCUCGUCGAACCGUGCCCAUCCAUCCUGGCCAAGCUGGCGGUCAUCUGGGUGGGCUCCAUGACGCUGGCCGUGCCCGAGCUCCUGCUGUGGCAUCUGGUGCAGGAGCCAGGCCCCACUGGGGGCACGGUGGACUCGUGCGUCAUGAAGCCCUCGGCCCGCCUGCCUGAGUCCCUGUACUCGCUGGUCAUGACCUACCAGAACGCUCGCACCUGGUGGUCCUUUGGCUGCUACUUCUGCCUGCCCGUCCUCUUCACGGUCACCUGCCAGCUGGUGACGUGGCGGGUGCGGGGCCCCCCGGGCAGGAGGCCUGAGUGCCGGGCGGGCCGGCAGGAGCAGGGUGAGGGCCAGCUCAGCAGCACCGUCAUGGGCCUGACGGCCGUCUACGCUCUCUGCACCCUCCCCGAGAACGUGUGCAACGUCGUGGCGGCCUACCUGUCGGCCGCGCUGACCCGCCGGACCCUGGACCUCCUGGGCCUCGUCACCCAGUUCUCCUCCUUCUUCAGGGCCGCCGUCACGCCCGUGCUCCUCCUGUGCGUGUGCCGGCCACUGGGCCGCGCCUUCCUGGACUGCUGCUGCUGCUGCUGCCAGGGCUGUGGGGGGGCCGCAGCCGCCGCCGGCCCGGACGGCAAGCUCAAGACGGAGGAGCUGUCUGCCCCCGUCUGCUUCCACAAGCCCAGGGAGUCGCCGCCACUCCUGGCCCUGGGCACGCCCUGCUGAGGCCUGGAUGGCCUGGGGUCGGGAGGGAGCUCCGUCCCCACGGGUCCUGCUUUUCUGUCUGUCCCUCUGUACAGAGAUGGAUUUGGUGCCUCUUGCUGGGGUCCAGGUGUGUGGGAGCCCCCUCCCUGAGCCCCCUUCCCAGACACGCUGGGGCCUGCCCGCCCGUCCUCUCACUGGUGGGCGGUGGUGCCUCCGGUCCCUAGAGCUGCCCAGAAACUCUGCACCCCCCAGCCGGAGGGCAGAGCCUGGCCUGGUCCAGCCCCAGUCCCUCUCUCCAUCUGGAGCCCGGCUUGUGCCCCAUCAUCACCCAUCCUGGACGAGGCUCUUGCAGGCCAGCGACUGGGCUGUCCUCCGGACCGGACCCAUCCCAGCCCUGGACAUCUCCUCAGGCGCCAUCCCUUCUCUGGGAGGAUUUCCUUCUCCAUCCUUCUUUGAUGUAUCCCGGUGGCCCCGUCCCCAGCCCCUGCGGGGUGCUCCCCCACAGAAGGCCCUUCCUGGAAAACAAUAAACUAGGUAGAUCCGCC